CCUCUCUCUGAGCUAACGCCCUCUUCCCGCCAGCCCGCCGCCUGCCAGCCCUGCAGCCGUCCGUGGCUCGGCCAGCUUAGUCUUGAGUCUCUCGACAUCGUAAGUGGGUUCUGCGUCUUGCUGCCUUCCUAGACGGUCCCGGGUGGAUAACGGCUGGUUGCCUCGGCGCAUGAAAACGGCCACGGCCACGGCUUCCCUCCGCCCUGAGUCUCAUUCCUUUGUGGCGGUUCGUCCUGGCAUGCGUUUGCUCCUGAGGCUGACAUGCGGAUAUGCAGGGCUUGCGUGUGAGGUGAGGUGCAUGUUGAGGGGCUGGCUGCUCCAAGACCCCGUCAUACACGUCACCUUGUUGUUCCCGCCCACCCAUAAUCUGUCACUCUUCACGUUGCACCAAGAACACGCAUGCAUUGUUGAUUUGGAAUUUAUUAGGAGUAUUGCUAUUCGCUCACAGGUACGAGCUCCUUCGCUAACUUUUCCUUCCCUAAAGCCCCAGCUUGACCAAGAAUCCUACCACUGGCACCAUCAAAGAGUAUAUCAUCAUUAUCGUAAGAUUGAGGGUGAAGUUGUGUGUGCGAAUAGAAAUAUUCUUUAUUAUUUGCUGGUUGAUGCCUGCAUCUCUAAAUAGCCCAGCCUUUGUUGUCCCAUCUGGCCAUCUGGUCAUUGAGCCAUUGAUGCCAAGACAACUCUACACAAAUCUAGAUACCGUUCUAACAAAGAAUGGACAACCGCUAGUGCUCGCUAUGCCAUGCUAUAAUUCGAAAUGUGACGAAGGAUGAAGCUAGAGGAGGCA